UCCGGAAGACGUGGCUGUUGCUGCAGUGGCAGCUGUCAUCCAAAUUAUUCUAAGAGGAGCACUCGAAUAGUUACCAUUAUAUUUCCUCUGCUUCUCUUUCAUUGGUAUUCGUUUAUUCAGCUUCAAGAUGAUUUCGCUAACGGACUCCCAAAAGAUUGGAAUGGGAUUAACAGGCUUCGGCGUGUUCUUCCUCUUCUUCGGGAUGAUCCUGUUCUUUGACAAAGCCCUCCUGGCUAUUGGAAAUAUCCUGUUUGUUGCUGGACUCGCCUUCGUCAUCGGGCUGGAGAGGACCUUCCGCUUCUUCUUCCAGAAGCACAAGAUGAAGGCCACCAGUUUCUUCCUGGGAGGUGUGUUUGUGGUGCUGAUUGGCUGGCCCAUCAUCGGAGUGGUGCUGGAGAUCUAUGGCUUCUUUCUGUUGUUCAGGGGUUUCUUCCCAGUUGUAGUAGGCUUUAUCAGAAGAAUACCUGUCCUCGGCUCCAUCCUAAACCUGCCAUUCAUCAGUGCAUAUGUGGACAAAGUGGGUGAGAGCAACACCAUGGUAUAACAGUGACUUUUUGUACCCACAGAAGGCUGUUUGAGUACAGCAGGUUUUAUAAAGCAACACAAUCUCCCAUUGAGCUGAUUUAAAGCAGCUAAGGUCAUAUGUUCAGAUUCCUCCCUCCCUCCUCCAGCAGGCAAAGACUGCUUUCUGUCUGUUGGUAAUUUCACUGGUCAGCGCUACCAAUCAAAGGUUCGUCAGCGCAUCGCACCACCAGUCUGUUACUAAAGGAUGGAGUUACUAAGGUCACUACAAUAAAAAAUUCAAAUGCUAUUGAUCCCUUCACUGUUAAGUGCAUCUGGCAUGAUAAUGGAGGAGUGAAGACCCGCAAAGCCUCAUCGACUCUGUCUAUGUGACUUUCUUACUCUGUGGGACAGACAGAUAAAACUACCCCCCCACCCCACCCCCACCCUCACUCCCACUCCCGACAAGGAUGAGAAGUGGACCGACAGCUUGCCAUGUUGUCAUGUUUCUGUGCCUGUGCUUUAACUUUAUUUGGACAAAAGCUUUUUAGCUCUUUGCAGUUAAUUCUGUGACACUUUGUUUCCUUGUGUCUUGCAGCUAUUUGAAUACCAAACGUGGCUAUUGUAAUAUUUUCCCUUUGUUACAUGUCAUUUCUGUUUACGGUUGGCCAAUGAGUACUUAGGUAUAAAUUAUUUUCUAAAUAAUCAGUGCUUGACUUCAUGUAUAGUGAGGUGCUAUGGGAUCAUAUUAGUACGUGUUCAUCUUUUUACACCAUAAACUACUAAAUGGGUCUACUAUUAAAGUCCGGUCACACCAGAAAGUGGCAACACCUAAUUCAUGAUGAUACAUGGAUGCUGAAUUUCAUCCAGAUGCUGCUACAAACUUGGUUCUGUAUUGACUACUUACAAGGCUGUAGCACUAACACACAUAACAGACAGGAACAUGCUAGUGCCAGUCAGUCGCAAAAUCAGUCCGUGCUAGUUGGUUUGCCAUCUGUCAGUAGCAAGGUAGGUAGCUAAGUUGCUAACUGGAAAAUGCUGUAGGAUCUCACAGUAUUUAAGAAACAUAUUUGUACAAUUGUGUCCUGUCUCUUAUCUGUAUACACACCAUGUCAUUUCAUAGAAUAUUUGACACUCCAGCAGACUAGGGUUCUAUAAAUAUAGAUGGCGUGAUGCAGCUCCAAAGUUAUGAUAGCUUCCUCUGAUUUGGGCUGUCUGGCUCUUGGUUUCCUCAAAGAUGGUUUCCUGACAAUUGCCACAUCAAACUUUAGCUGUGUUAAAUGCUAGCGUAAACUUUCCUCCCCCCGUUCUCUGAAGCAUGUUACUGUUUUUUGGACCUCUUAUCUUCCAAGCAGCCAUUGCUUUCACUUCAUUUUAGUAUGCUGCUAGUAGCUACUUAUCAAACCCCAAUCCUUUUUUGAUACCAACUGUAUGACUGUCACAAGAAAUGUUAAAAAUAGUCAAGUGCUAAAUGUCUUCUAACGUUUGUAAUCUUGCUAUCUCUGAAAUCUUAUUCUUUGGUCAGAUCAGGUAUUACUUUGUAUUGAAUUUUUUUUUUUUUAAAUAUUCAAACAAAUCCCAAACAUUUGAAAACUCUUCAGUUAAACUUUUAACAUUUAGAAUUUAAGAAUUAGCUAAGUAGCAAGUUUUUUGGUGCCAUAUCUGUGUUCUUAAAGAACAAAGUUUCCCUUAAAAGUUUUUAGAAUAACAACAAGGAAACACAAAUUAUAUUAGCAACAUAGUCUUAUUCUCUGCAAACUACUCUUCAUAGCAUACCUAAAUGAGCUAAAACUAAUGGCUGCCUGGAGGGUAAAACUAAUGAAAACUCUGUGAUAUCCUUUGGAAUAUAGUGUGCACAAUUUAUUUUUAAAGGAUAGUUCUGGUUUGUUUCAACUUGGGGCCUGUUAGUCAGAACUAUGAAAUGAGACCCAGGUUGUAGUAAACAUAUCCUAUGGUGGACUUGUAACCUGUAAAACACUGGUAUGAUCCUUCAUAACAGACUAAUUCUGCUUGCUUUCAGUGAUUUAGAUUGAUUGAGUCAGUUCCGUAUUUUUAUAAACAGAUGAACUUUUUUCAAAUCUGAGAACUUCAGCUCAACCCUGUAAUAUAAUCCAGCUGUAAAAUCUGAAGCAGCUGCAGCUUCACACACCUUUAUAUCCGAAUGAGCAUUUUUAGUUCUAUCAGAAUGUGCUACCAAUCCUGCUAGAGUCCUCUCUUCAUUCAUCCAUCCAUCCAGUGUCCUUAAGCUCUCUGUUGAGUAGAUUCACACAGGUUUUAAAUGUUGAGAUUCCCCUGUUUCCAUGUGUUUUUGAGAGAAAAUUCCUCAUCAUUACAGACAUCAGCCACUACAUCCCCUGAAUAAAUUAAUUCUUCAACUGUGGGCCUUUCUGUUCAGAGCGUUGAAACCUGAAGUUACCUGUGAAAUGACAAUGUUUUGCUGUGUGGCACUUUUGUAAAUAUACAAUGGAACUUAGCUUUGUAUCUGC